AUGCGUUCCGCUAUCCUCAUCGCCGCUAUCUCUGGCCUCGCUGCCGCCAACCCCGUUGCUCCCCGGGACACCACGGCCCAGAACGGUAUUGAUCUGAGUGCUUUCGACUCUGAGCCUGUCCCGACCAAGGUUGGCCCUGCCGUCGGCGCUGCCGUCGAGACUCCCACCUACGACCCGGCGGUCGCCAAGGCUGAGGCCUCAAAGGAUGCCGCGGCAAACCCCAUUGCCGUCUCCAACUCGACCCUGACUGCCCGUACGGUUGCUCCCGCCGGUUGCGGAGCCAAGCAGCCCGAUGGCUACGGGCCCGUGUCCAGCCCGGACACCUACGACUCCUUCAUGGCGGACCCUCAAUUGACCAACAUUGCCACCAACGCCCCGACGCCACAGGGCUACAACCUGUCUUUCUCCAACAAGCAGGCCUCGACGUCAUGCGCCUCCUACUUGGGUCUUUACACCAUGAAGAGCUUUGACACCAUCAAGUGCCAGCAGUACUGCGAUGCCGCCCCUGCUUGCUACGGUAUCAACGUGUACAUGGAGAGAGACCCCAGCUAUGACCCUACCGACGCUUGCCCCAACCCUGUGAGCAUCACCAACUACAAGUGUACCCUCUGGGGUUCCGCCGUCACCGAGGAGACCGCCACCAACCAGGGACAAUGGAGAGCCCGGUUCCACGUUGGUGUAACCGGAUCAAACGGAUACUCCAAGAACACGCCUCCCCCGUCUUACCCCGAUUUCACCGGCCCCGUUGCCUUCGGCGGCGCCACCCAGGCCCCGAAGUCGUACAUGGGAGCCAAGUACUACGCUGGUGUCUACGACCCCGGCCAGUGCGCCGCCGCCUGCAAGGCCAACACCAAGUACGACCACGACCACCCCAGAGCCGACGGCACCUACGACGCCUGCAACUUCUUCAACGCCUACGUCCUCAGCAAGAACAACGUCCCCCAGGGAACCUAUUGCUCCCUGUACACCCAGUCCUGGGACAAGUCCUACAGCACCAACGUCGGCCAGUGGAGAGGCAGCGACUACUACUCCGUCUCCUCCAGCUACGGAUACAGCCUUACUGUCCAGGACUCUGGAAAGAUCUAA